UGAACCUUUCAAUAUAUUCUCUUGUUCCAUGAACAUGACAUUAAAAAUUGCUCAAACAGAGGUUGGUGCAAUUAUGGCAGGAACAGCUUGCCAUGGUUGUCACUACAAGUCUGAAAUGAUAGAGCUUUGUUCUGGAGUGGAAGAAUUCAAGUUUCCUGUGUGGGUCACCACAGUACUUAUUUCUCAUGUGCAGUUGCCCUUUUUCAGUCAGAUGGUAAUGGUUACUUUGUCACCCUGCAGAGUCAUGUAUGGAGAAUAGGACAGAGGCACCCCCUGUUCUACUGUUACAUUUCAGCUUCCUCCUGUGGAGUUAAGAAAUGAUUCCGAAGUGCUCUGUGCAAAGCUCAGCUGACCCUCAGGGAAAUCCAGAUCCAGGUCCAGGCUUUGUGGCAGAUGGGACUUCUAAAUGCCAAGUAAAACAAGGUAAAGAAAAGCAACACUUAAAAGCAUGUGAGAGGGACAAAAAUGAGCGCGUCUAUCAGAAUGUGAAAUACAGAACUGCCGAGAGACAGAGGAGAAGGCAAAGAACAGAGGGGAACAGGGACACCAAGAACAAAGGUUGUCCUGUUUUUUCUACUACCUGCUGGAUUAUUGCAGUGAUUCUAGGGAUCCUCUUCUUGGCAUUGCUGGGAAUAACAGGGCAUCUUAUUACCAAGGGCUGUCCAUGUCCAUGCUGCCCUGAGCAGUGGGUGGCCUACAGGGGCAGCUGUUACUCCAUCUCCAAGGAGGAGAAAGACUGGAAUUCCAGCCAGGAAUCCUGCUGGGCGCAGGGAGCUCAUCUCCUGGUGAUCAGCAAUACCAGUGAAAUGGACUUCUUCCAGGUACUACACAACAAGUUCCACUGGAUUGGUUUGCAGAGGGGCACUGAUGGGGACUGGGUCUGGGGAGAUGGCUCAAAACUGAGUAACCAAAAGAUCAAGUCCAACAGCCAGGUACAGAAAUGUGGUGUUCUGAUGAAUGGUGCCAUCCAUGCUUCCAGCUGUGAAGUCCCUGCCCCAUGGAUCUGUGAGAAAUCUGCUCAGUGGCCUCUGUGGACCUUGUCUUAGGAAGUAUUCUUUGGGGAGCUGUGCUAAGGCCUGAUUCCUGUGAAGUUCCUCUGAGAGGAGCUGUGUUCCUUGCUCCUGAGCCACCUGCCGCACUGCAAGGAAUGAAUGCAGCUGCCACAGGAGGUCUGAGCGCUGCUCCUGGCUCCAUUCAGGAUCACUCUGGUGAUGUUCACAUUCAUAGCCCUCACUUAGUGACAGACGGUCUUCAAAGUGGUAGAGAAGGGCGAGGAGAAAUUUCUCUGAGUCUCUCAGUCAUUUUCAGAGGUCCUUGAGCACUGUCACUGCUGUUUUGAAAUUCUGGGGAGAAGUGAGCUUGUAAUCUGUGAGCUCAUGCAAGCUCUGAGUUUAUUUCCCUCUUUUGUGAUACUGGUGACAUGCACCAAAGCUGAAAGCUAGCCUGAAGUUUGAAGUUGGCCUAUUUCUGCAAGUGAUCAGAAGAUGUCCCCAGGACCUUUCUAACAUGAAUUCUUCUGUGCUUUACGUUUGUACCUGGAGAAAACUGGAGCAUGGCUUCUAGUGUUACAUUGCUGUGUAAAUAGCUGUGAAAGAGUGAACCUGCUGCCCUGCUGAGCUGAAAA